AUGGUUUUUUGGACUUUCAUUGUCGUUAUUGCUAUCUUACUCAUAACAUAUGACAAAAUAAACUCCAAGACCCCGGAUGGCCUUAAAAAUAUUCACACAAUUACGUUAUUUAGUAGAAUUUUUUUGAUUAUUACUAAACAAUUUGGACAUGAUAAACUAUAUUUCCGUUAUAAACAAUAUUUUGAAAAUGAUGGAAUUGUAAAGGAACGUAUUCUAGGAAAGUGGGUUUGCAUGGUAACAGAUCCAGCGAUUGCAAAGGAUCUUUUAUUGAAGCAAGAUGUUUAUCCUAAAGUAAGCAUUGAAAAGACUUUUCCGAAUUCUCUAUUUGCAAAAUACAUUGGGACUAAUGUAGCUUUCUCAAGUGGUGACCUUCAACCAAUUAUUAAAUCAACCUCGGAUUUUUUUAAUUUGCUAAUGGUAUUAAUUUUAUUUAGACGUGUGUGCAAUCCUGCAUUCAAAAUUUUACCAUUACAUCUUUUUGCAGAAGCUGCAUUAAAGAUGAUUGAUAUUUUAGAAACAAUUGAUAAAAAACCUGUCGAAAUUAAAAAUUUAAUGCAAAGAUUUACUUUAGAUGUUCUUGGAAAAGUUGCCUUUGGUUUUGACUUUAAUAGUCUUGGAAAUCCAAAUAGUGCUUAUGUAACUGCAUAUAAUGAAGUUCAAAAGGCAAUAUUAGAUCCAUUAACUUUGGUUUUUUCAAUUGACCAUAUUCCAAUAAUAAGACAACAAAGACUUAAAAAACUUGCUAAAUUAAAUAAUUUAUUUAAAGAAAUUAUUAAAGAGAAGCAUAAAGCUCUAGCUGCUGGAAAGUCUCGAGAAGAUCUUUUAGAACACAUGUUAAAUGCUAAUGAAAAUCUUGAUAAUCAAAUCUUAUCAGAUACUGAACUAAGACAUAAUCUAGCCGUUUUUAUGCUUGCUGGUCAUGAAACAACUGCAAUCGCUUUAUCAACUAUUUUAUAUCUAUUAUCGACUUAUAAAAACAUUCAAGAAAAAGCUCGUGAAGAAGUAUUAAGAAUACUUGGUGACAAUUUAAUACCAUCAGCAGAACAACAUAAAUCAUUAAAAUAUUUAAAUAUGAUUAUACACGAAAACCUUAGAUUAUAUCCACCAGCUCCAACUCUGAUAUAUCGUGAAUUAACUGAAGAUUUAAAAUUUAAAAAUUCCAUAAUUCCAGCUGGUACAAUUAUUGAACUAUUUUUAUACGGAAUACAUCAUUCACCAAAACUUUGGGAUAAUCCUGAAGAAUUUUUACCUGAAAGAUUUGAAAAAGAACGCACAACUAGUGAAAAUUAUACUUGGUUAGCUUUUGGUGGUGGAACUAGAAUGUGCUUAGGAAAUAACUUUUCUCUUAUUGAACAAAGAAUUGUGUUAUGUUUGUUAUGUAAGUAUUUCAACUUGCGUAAAUAUGAAAUUUCAUUAGCACCAAAUAGUAUACAUAAAGAUGGAUUAAAAAUUCAGAUUCAAAUGUCGCCACAUCCAAUUGAACUUAUAUUUAAAAGACGAGAUUAA